CACGGCAAUUGAGAAACUUAUUAAAUCCCACAAAUCCAAAAAAAAUUUAAAUAUUAGAAAAUGACUAAAAUCAUUAAAGUGUUCAUGGUGAUAAUUUAUGCCGUAAAUUUGAUACAAAACUCUAUGGGUCAAACACCCGUGAGAAAAUGUGCCAAUGGUCUACCAGAACCCUUAUCGGUACAAGUAAACUCGUGUAGCGAAAUGCCCUGCAGUUUAUGGCGAGGUUUCUCCACAAACAUGGAAAUACAAUUCGUGUCCACUAAAGAUUCGGUUCGAGAUAUUAAAGCCGAUAUUCAGAUGACUACUGCGGGUAUAGGCAUGUCUUUGGGAUUAUCUUCUGAACGCAAAAAUGUUUGUAAUAAUUUAAUGUUUGAUGCCUAUUGUCCCAUGGAUGCAGAGGAGGAUGCCACUUAUCAUUUAGUAUUGGAUAUAGCAGAUCACCAGCCUGAAGUGCCGGUUAAAAUAGAGGUAUCCAUUAAAGAUGCCAGUGAUGAUACAGUGUUUGCCUGUUUUGUAUUGGAUGGAAAAAUUACAAGGCGCAAUGCAGCCUUAAUGUAAAUAUCUGAGACUCUUUUAUAUUUUCUUUUGUUAGAUUAGUUAGAAAUUUAGAUUUAAGAGAAAACAUUGUAUCAAUGUUUUAUUAUAUAGGAGACAUAUAUAUCAUGUAUAAAAUGUAAGUUGUAA